UUCAGUGACAUAGCAGGUACACAAAUAGCUCAAUAUUACUGGUACCUAAAAUGCGUGUGUUGAAAAUUCACAUCCUCACAGUCAAAAUAAUCUCAAACGAACUGAACGAACAUUCAGAUGAAUUUUCUUGAUAACCACAGGUUGCGAUGGCACCAAAAGCUCCCCCUCCACAGCCGGCCUCCCAGCCUCAAACAGUCAACAGUCAGAGGACAACUCCCACAGCCCCUCCUACAAGGCAGAAAACUCCAGAGAAAGCCCGGGUACCAUCGCAAGACACAUCAAACAACGUAAACACGGUGAUCGACCUCACUGAAGAUACAGAGGAAACCAGUGGCUCGCAGGCGUCAGGAAGGAAACCGUCGGGUGCGGGCCCCCCUCCCCUCCUGAAGGCCGUGGUGGAACCCUCACCUGCCCCCAACACCAUCGCGCCCUCCGCCCAGGCGCGCCCCACAUCACAAGUCCGACCUUUCAACAACGCCCAGCAGCCUGUACCCACAGCUGUCAGUGCCAACAGCAGCAGGAACAUAUCUGAGGUUGUGCAGGCGAUUGUGAACAGCACACGGACGAUACAGGCGCCGCCAAACUUCCGCACCGUCACCACCUCUGUGCAACAGGUGGGCCAGAACCCCCUUCACGCCCUCCCGCCCACUGCGCCUACAUACCAGAGACCUCCUCUACAGGUGCCGACCCAGGUGCUAACCCAGGUACCGACCCAGGUUGUGAGCUCCGUGGGUUAUGUGGGAGGCCAGCCUGUGGUGCCCCAGAUGCAGCAGACCACCGGGACGUUCAGGCCGCCUGUCGUCACAACCUCUACAUAUGUCGUACAGCCAUCCCAUGUUGUGGAAAGCGUCUUGAGUCCUCCUGUUAUGUGCAUGCCACCAUCGCAGCCAGGGAACCCUCUGUACAGCCAGUAUACUCAGCCCCAGCGCCUUCCCGUGCAGAAUGUUGGCGUCCCGCCGGCGCGACACCCGAUGCCGACUGUGCCGCCUUAUCGCCAGCCCUUCCACAGCGUGCCACCGCCCACAAGCCUGAUGCAGGCGCCCAGGCCGGCUGGGCCAGCCGUCAUGUCCAGGCCAGCACCUCCACCUUUGCUGCACAACAACGCUCCUCAGGUCCAACAGAUGAGGCCGCCUAUGCAACCUGCCUUCCCACCGAGGCCGCCCCUCUUCAACAGCAGCCCCAACACCCCACCCCCCAAGUCAGCACCCUGCCCCCCUCCCCCAGCCUCCCCACCCCCCCAGCACGUACCCCCCAACGUUGUGGGCCUCCCCCUCCCCCACCGGACCACCCUGCACAUCGCAAGGGCCGGAAACGGAAUCGUGCUGUCGUGGAACGUCACGGAGCCGCCAAACCCGCGCUCCCCCGCGGUGGACUGCUACCAGCUCUUCGCAUACCAGGAAGGGACCGGGCAGCCGAACACAGCCUUAUGGAAGAAGAUCGGAGACGUGAAGGCCCUGCCGCUGCCCAUGGCCUGUACGCUAACCCAGUUCCUCCCAGGGAGCACCUACCACUUUGCCGUGAGGGCCAUGGAUGUCUACGGGCGGGUCGGACCUUUCAGCGCACCUUGUAGCAUCGAAUUGUCGUCGGCGUAG